GUUCAAUCUCUCUCUCUCUCUCUCUCUCUAAAACUUUCUGGCUGAAUCUCUUUAUAUCCACACGGCAAUUUUGAAUCUCUUUUAUAUAUAUGCCCUAACCUUACGCAUUUUUGUAGUCUCUGAUUUCAGAGCUCUCUCUCUUUUUGUUUUUCUUCUAUCGUUUCAGUUUCUCGUUGUUUCUGGAAUCUCUCUCUCUCUCUCUCUACUGAAUAGCCAUGGGAACUCAAGCUCCAAAUGAUCAGAACUAUAACCCCAACAAUGUUGACACACAGUCUGAGAAGGAGAAGGCGAUCAAUGAUUGGCUUCCAAUCACUUCAUCAAGAAAUGCAAAGUGGUGGUACUCUGCUUUCCACAAUGUCACCGCCAUGGUUGGAGCUGGCGUCCUCAGUCUCCCUUAUGCCAUGUCAGAGCUCGGAUGGGGUCCUGGUGUGGCUGUACUGGUUAUAUCAUGGGUUGUCACUUUUUACACCUUGUGGCAAAUGGUUGAAAUGCAUGAGAUGGUACCUGGAAAACGUUUCGACAGGUAUCAUGAGCUUGGCCAGCAUGCAUUUGGUGAAAAGCUUGGUCUAUACAUUGUGGUGCCCCAACAGCUUGUCUGUGAGGUUGGUGUGGACAUAGUCUAUAUGGUCACUGGAGGGAAGUCACUCAAGAAAUUCCAUGAUUUGGUGUGCAAAGAUUGCCAAAAUAUUAGGCUCACUUUCUUCAUCAUGAUUUUUGCCUCUGUCCACUUCGUGCUCUCCCAUCUUCCCAACUUCAACUCCAUCUCCGGUGUGUCUUUGGCUGCAGCAGUCAUGUCCUUGAGUUACUCUACCAUUGCAUGGGCUGCUUCGCUUCACAAGGGUGUGCAACCGAAUGUCCAAUAUUCAUAUACAGAGAAGAGCACAGCGGGAAAAGUCUUCAACUUCUUCAGUGCCUUGGGUGAUGUGGCUUUUGCCUAUGCAGGCCACAACGUGGUCUUGGAGAUUCAAGCAACAAUCCCUUCUACACCCGAGAAGCCUUCCAAGGGCCCCAUGUGGAAGGGAGUGAUAGUUGCCUAUAUCGUCGUGGCCUUGUGCUACUUCCCUGUGGCACUGAUCGGUUAUUGGACAUUUGGGAACAAUGUUCAAGACAAUAUCCUCAUCUCAUUACAGAAACCCACAUGGCUCAUUGCAAUGGCUAACAUGUUUGUUGUUAUUCAUGUUAUUGGAAGCUAUCAGAUUUAUGCAAUGCCGGUGUUUGACAUGAUAGAAACGACUUUGGUAAAAAAAUUGAAUUUCAAGCCCACUUUAAUGCUUCGCUUUGUUUCUCGAAAUAUAUAUGUGGCAUUCACAAUGUUUGUUGGCAUUACGUUUCCUUUCUUUGGUGGUCUUCUUGGAUUCUUUGGAGGAUUUGCAUUUGCCCCUACAACAUACUUUUUACCAUGCAUCAUUUGGCUUGCUAUCUAUAAGCCGAGGAGGUUCAGCUUGUCUUGGGUUACUAACUGGAUCUGCAUUAUACUGGGUGUUCUUUUGAUGAUCUUGUCGCCUAUUGGAGGGCUAAGGCAAAUUAUAAAAGCUGCAAAGGACUAUCAAUUCUACUCAUAAGCAAAUCUUCAUACGCCAAGAGGACGUGGCUGUCGUAAAAUACCCAAAUGGAGAAGAGAAGAUCAUGACGACACUUAGAAUGGCCAUGGCAAAAUGACUAAAGUGGGAUUCAUCAAAUGGGACAUCAAUUGAAAUUUCUGUAAUUUUAUCGCUUGUUAUGGAAAAAUGGCAUUCCAGCCAUGGAACCAACUAAGAAAGCUUCCUGGAGGCCUUUAUUUACAGCUUCUUUUCAUUCAAUGGUGUGCAGAUAUAUAUCAGUUUCAUGUUUGUUAUCUUAUGUUUCUUCUUCUUCU